UAUCGAGCAUCUGCAAAAACUCGUUAUGAUACACCUUCCCUGUGAGAAGGAGUUUGGGUUGGAAUAGACCGAACUGCUCGGCGAAAUGGUUUCCGAUCACCGAGGCCUCGUUGCGAUAACGGGCGCUAAUGGAACAAUCGGAUACAAUUCAGUUCUGCAUGCUCUGCGUACUGGAUACCGCGUGCGAUGUAUCGUACGGAGAGAAGAUGCCAUUGGUUACAUCAAAGCCGGCCCUUCGCUCCAGCUGUACGCGGAUAGGAUCGAGUAUGCGAUUGUCCCUGACAACACCAUUCCUGGGGCGUACGAUGAAGCUGUUCAGGGGGCCAAGUAUGUCAUUCACAUAGCCGGGGUGUGGCCGAAGCCCCAUUACCGCCCAGACGAAGAUGUCUACUACCCCUUCGUCAGAUCAAUGGAAGAGAUCCUCUCUGCCGCCGAGAAAUCUGACACCGUCAAACGCGUCGUGUUUACGCAAGCUGGCGCUGCCCUCGUCAGCACCGACGAUGGUGACACUUUGGGGACGAAAAUGGACAAAGUUCUUGACGUAAAUCCCGAUGCAGCAGCCUUCCAACCACCCCUCCCAUCCGUGCACCACGCCUACUCGGGCGCCAAAGCCUACUGUAUGACAUAUCUCCAUUCACAUAGCCGCAAGUCGGGCGCCUUCUCCAUCGUGCAAGUCAUCCCUGGGACCGUCAUUGGACCCUCAGAGUUAGUUUCGUCGGCUUCCGAUGCCCUCGCGCAAAUGGAUCGCAUGUCGAAGGCGCUGCUGUUCAAUGGUGCAACACCCAGAUACGGAUUCGGAUUCGUGCAUGUUGAAGAUUGCGCACGCGUUCAUGUUGAAGCUCUUGACGAAGAGAAGGUCCAGGGGGAGGAUAUCCCGGAUUGGUUUAUUGCUGCUGCGACGAUGGAAGAGGGAAAGGAUGGGCCCCGGAUUUGGAAGGAGGCCGGCGACACGGUGGAGCGGGAAUUUGCGGAGGAAAUGCGAAAUGGUGUUUUCAUAGUGGGUAGAGAGAAUUUGCCCACCAACAUGCCAUUUCGAGUAGAUUCAAGGAUGACGGAAGAAAUGUUGCUGGGUGGAAGAAAGUUCAGAAGCCUGGAGGAGUGUGUGAGGGAGGUAGGACAGUGGUAUUCGGGAUUAGUUCAAAAUGAGAAGAACUGAUAUCAUCCCUGUUUCCUGCGAUGUAAAAUAGUAAUAGUGAGAAUAGUGAGCGUGGCCAUUUAAGGUCGCGUGGUGGCUGACCCAACGGUGGGCGGCCGCUGGCGGCCGAUGUACGACGGACGAAUGUCUCGUCCGCAUUCCGAUGACGACACUCUAUUAGAGAGAAUUGUGAUUCUUAGUUGUAUGGUAGUCGUUAAGCACGUAAGGAGCGACC